UUUUCCCAACACUACACCGAGAUCAAAACACCGCCCACUGUUGGUUUGAUGACAUUUUUUUUAAUCAACUCGCAGUAUCUCUUCAAGUUUGAACCAUUAGCAAUUUCUCUGCCUAUGAUUGAAGAAUUGAACUAACCAUCAAACGUAAUGUUUUACGCCAGCAGGAUUUUAACUUGGAGCCUGGUUUUGAAGUUUGCUAUUAUUCAGAGUGGGUUUGCAAAGUGUCAUAAUGAUGUCACUAUCUUGAAUCGUGCUGAUUACACAAUAAUCAGAGAAGAGCGAACCUGGAGUGACGCACGUGACUAUUGUAGAUCCGUUGGGAAGGAGCUUGCUAUCCUUGAAACAAAAGAGGAAUUUGAAUUUAUUCAGCAGCUGCUUCGAGAUCAGGCAAUUCGUCAUCAUUAUUGGCUUGGGGCUAGUGACUUAGAAAAAGAGGGUUCAUUCAAAUGGCUGGAUGGGAGCGAUCUGCCCUCGGAUUCCACUAUGUGGGGUACAAAUCAACCCGACAAUUAUGCUGGAAAGGAACAUUGUGUUCAUGUUCAUACAGCGAGGACAAAUGGCUCAUUCUUGAACGACAAUGUUUGUUCUAAAAAAUUCAAAAGCAUAUGUGAACAGGGCUCAUGUCCCGCCAAAACAUUCUCGAUCACCAAGGGUUACCAUCUCCAUGGCAAUGUCCUGAAAACAAUAGAAGUCUUCACCCUAAGUCAAUGCUGCAGUGCAUGCAUGUCUCAUUUGGAUUGUACUUCAGUGAACUUUGACCGCAGUGGAGCUAGUGGCGUAGAAACACGUGUUCGCAAAAUGUGUGAACUAAAUGGUUAUUCCAAGGCUGGUAAUGAAGACAGCUUUGUGGUGCGCAAGGGAGUUAUGUACGCAGAGUUGGAUAUGUAAAUUAGAUUCAUGAAUAAAUUAAUUAGUGGUACAUCAUUUAACAUGUACCCUGUCAGUUUCAUUUAAAAUUGUACAAACUGUACAAAUUGUAUUGUAUGCAAUGAGUUUAAUAUGUUGUUCUUAAAGGAUGUGUCAUUGUUGGGUUUGUGUCCAUGUUAUCAUGAUUUAUCGACAAAAUUAUCAAGAAAGAUACAAUAAAAGUCACAUGUAAAAAUUUCACAGUGCCUUUUUUUUGAGAAAACAGCAACAAAACUUUCAUGGUAUUUUAUCACGAAUGUUGAUUCAUGUUCAGUGAAGUGACACAGGGUAUCAAUCACACCUCUGGCUGUAUAGAUGGAUUGCAAUACGCGUCAUUGACAGCCAUCUUUGAUGUAUAGAUGGAUUGCAAUACGCGUCAUUGACAGCCAUCUUUGAUGUAUUUUACAUGUGAAAAGUGCACGAGAGUCAAGCGAAGCACGUACACGCGUGGUACUACAACAAAUUUGAAUCCGAGAACAUUGACAGUAGCGUUUCUCAGAUAGCACAUUUUUCUUCCUGCAUGGAAAUAACUGCUCCAGAUUUUUGUCAAUAUCUAUAAAAAAUGCUACUACCUUUAGAAAAUACUUUUUCACAGAAUAGUUUUAUGGUAUAAAAAGUACAAAGGAUUGAAACAGACAUUGGGUUCUAAUUACAACCCCUUGAGAGUAGCAGGCAUGCAACUGCCCGUUGAAAAAAAAGAGGAACAUUUUCAAAGGCACAACGCAAGUGCAGAGCG